AUGGCAUAUCAGCAUUACAAAUCGUACAUCUUUGAAGUUGAGCUCCAGUCUUUACAUGUACAAGAUCACGGCGAAGAGUUGGAUGUCAAUCUCAGCACGUGUCUGCGAGGACCUCCCGGUUUCCCUGGUCACAAUGGAUAUAACGGGGUACCAGGCCUAAAUGGUCGAGAUGGUGCUAAAGGAGAGAAGGGCGUGGCAGGUAAGCCAGGGCCACGUGGAGCUAAAGGGGACGUUGGACCAAAAGGGUCUGAUACCGACUACAGAAGUUGGAAACAGUGCGUGUGGAGGGCUGCGGACAGUCGGGACGUGGGACUUAUUAAGGAGUGCAUCUUCGACAAGACGAGAGAUAGUACCGCUCUACGAGUGGUUUAUCAAGGUAAUAUAUACGUGCGUUGUGACAAAUGUUGUAAGCGCUGGUUCAUCACCUUUAAUGGAGCAGAAUGCAGUGGUCCGAUGCCCAUUGACGCGGCUCUGUGGAUCAGAAACAGAGAUGAAGAUAACCACAGACCUGGAGCAAUAGAAGGCUACUGUGAAAACAUCCCCAAGGGAAGAAUCCGUGUUGCUAUCAACAUUGGAAAUUGUCCUGGACGAGGAGACUCAGACGGAUAUACAGGCUGGAACUCAGUGUCACGAUUGAUUAUUGAAGAGGUCCCCAAACCUCAGUGACUUU